AUGCAUAAAGCAGUCUUGGCUGCAAUUUACAUUAAUGUGACUUUGCAAGAUACUAAAGGCAACGAUAAAACUUUAAAUAUUUUGAGUCCGUUCCAAAGGUAUGGUCACCAAGAUUUAAUUCUAUCCAGAAUUCUGGCUGCGGGCGAUUACCUGACUACUUCUUUAAGUUUAUAUGGGACUGAAGGCAGUGGCUGGAAAUUACACAGCAUAAACCAUGUAAACUUAAAGAUUGGGAAAUAUACAAUCUUUAGUGCGAGAGGAUGGAUUCAACAUCCGAAAGAGCUUGGGAAGAAGAUUAUAAAUAUUCACACAAAAGGAAAUGAAAAUUGUUUCCAACUUUCGUUGAUGUGUGGUCUGAAGCGCCAUUUAUUAAUUCCUCCUAAAUUACAAAUGAUUAUGCGACAACCUGGACGAAUACUAAAUAAAAAUGAAAAGCUCCAACUCAAACGCUAUUGGGAAAAACCCAAAUCCUAUGAAGCAAUUUUGGCCAAGAAUGAGAAGACUGGUGAGAUCAACUUUACAGGGAUGAAGGGUGCCACUGCAUUGAGUCAAAUGGAUGCAUUUGAAGCCGAAAACCCUCUACAUUCUGUGACCAUUUUUGGUUAUGAAGAAAAAUUAUUCGUUAUACGGCCUGCACCAAAAAUACGUGAAAAUCAUGUGGACUUGUUGCUACUACGGUUAGCCAAACCAGGAUCCGUAUGUCUAAAGAAGGAAGAUGUGGAAUAUGACUAUCACUUUUGCACAAUCCCUUCGCUAUCAAAGUUUGUAGGAAAAAGCGGUUAUCGAAGAUCUGAAGUUUGUGAAUAUUGCUUUGGAAUUUACAAAACAUCAAUUGAAAAGCAUGCACAAAAAUGCGCUAUUGCUCACCGCGACCAAAAUCAAUCGAAGCAAAUGAAAUUCCCUGAAGAUGAUGUAUACGAGUUUAAAAAUUUAAGAAUGAUUGAAGAUCUUCCAAUCAAGAUUUUUUUCAAAUUUUUAUGGUACAAUGAAAAUGAUCGUCCGAGCAUACCCACCUGUAAUCAGAAUUUGAAAUUUACUACGCCUGUAUCCAACAUCAAGAUUAAAGCAUAUUUUCUUUGCGUUAUCAAUCAAUUUAAUCAGUUGGACGACAUGCUAAUUUACGAUGGGGAAAAUCCAGUUGAACAUUUUAUACAAAAAGUGAUUGACUUAAAAUUUUAUUACAAGGAGUAUCUAAAGAGGGCGUACGUACCAAUUAGUCUUACCCCUAAUGACAACUUACGGCUAAUGCUUGCCACGAGAUGUGAAAUAUGUGGAACCAAAUUUAAUGAAGAAAACAAGAAAUGCUCGGAUCACAACCACUGGACUGGACAAUUGCGUUAUGUAGCGUGUAGUAAUUGCAAUAUCUUAAUCCAGGUUAAUCCAACGCCUAUUCUGCUGGGUCACAAUAUAAAUAACUACGAGUGCCAUUUUUUAUUAAAGAGUUUCAACAAGCGCUACGCCAAGAACAUCAAAGUGAUAAUGAGGGUUUCUGAAUCGAUAAUAAGCAUAAAGUUUAACGGAAUCCGAUGCCUGGAUAAGCGGACAUUAUUGGAUCAUGAUCUGUACGAUCUGGUAGACCGACAUAAAAGAGGGAUAGUUCUGGACCAUCUUCCUUACCGAUUUCCUUGUCUGUACGGAGCAUUACGAAGUACUGAAGUGGAGGAAAUGUAUUUUUCACAAUUUUUAUUUCGGAUAGCUAUGCCAUCACGAGCUAUUAAUCAACAAGUUCCUAACGGGUUCCCGAAAUACGAACUGUUUAAAGACCCAGUAACCAGCGAAUGCCCCCCAGAAACCGAAUAUCAAAUGGCAGGCGCAGUUUUUUGGAAUUUUAGAAUGGAAAAUGCAAAGGAUCUUCUUUAUUACGGACUUAAAACCCAAGUACUUCUGACAGCAGAUAUAUUUCUUGAUUUCAACAAGAUGGCAAUGAAACAUUUCAAGUUGUCAGUUUUCCAUAGUUACUCAUUGAGUGGGUACUCAUUCAACGCAUGCUUUUUUGACACAAAGGCGUCACUUGAAUAUAUCAAGGAUCCGGAAAUUAUAACUUACUUAAAAAAUGCAAUAAGGGGAGGACCUACAGAAUCUGUUACGCGUAAAGUCGUAGCUAAUAGCGAACGAUUAAACAAUUUUAACCCGUGCCAGCCAAGGAGUAAUAUUUUGAUUAUUGACGAAAACUCUCAAUAUCCGUCCAAAAUGAAAAACAAGAUGGCGGUUGGUUCAUAUUCAUUUCUAUCCCAAGACGAUUUAUCAAAAUUUGACUUGAUGACUGACUGCAAUGGCGACUGGAACUACAUAGUGACAGUACAAAUCUCCCAUCCAACAAAUUUGCACGUCAGGCAGAGCCCAAUGCCACCUUGCCCUUAUCAAAGAGAACUGAAAUUUACGGAUUUAUCCCCCACACAGCAACUGUAUUCUACUGGUUUAAACGGCGAAGAUCAGGCUGCAUUAUUUGGAAAAAAAUUGGUUGCAGGCUUGUAUGAUAAAACUUACACUUGCUGCCUGGAAGCGGUCCAAUACUUUCUCGAAUCUGGUUUACGCGUUACAAAUCUCAGCAAGUGUUUAAAAUUUCGACAAGCUGCUAUUCUAGAGCCGUCUGUUGACAAGUUAUCAGAACUGAGAAGAAAGGCUAUCCUGGAAGGGGACGAAGUCGGUAGUCUAUUGUUUAAAGGCAUUAUAAACAGAGUUUUUGACUUUACAAUUUUGAACGGAUUGGAGGGCGUGUGUCUAUUCAGAAUGAAACGAACUGCGGCAAUGUACAAGUACCCAAUGAUUAUGUCAAUUCAAACUUUGGAUCGUGCAAAAAUCAGUCUUUACAAAAUGUGGGAUUUGAUUAGAUCCGAAUUUGGGAUCGAAAACACUAAACUAUCGUUCUAUGACACGGAUUGUCUGUUGCGGAUAUCAACCGCUGAUCACAUUACGGAUCCAAAAAAUCAAUUUUACAAGAUACUUAGCAGAAUGCAAGACCAUUUGGACUUUUCAUCGCUACCUAAAUUUCAUCCGCUAUACAGUGAUCGGAACGCUUCUCUGGGAGGUAAAUGGAAAAUUGUAACACUCGACGCGGCUAGUGUGAUUUCUCUUCGAGUCAAAUGUUAUUCAAUACGCUUAGGAAGGUGCGCAUACUGUUCAACUGUAUUUGAUCCCCGGAGCAAUUGCAAUUUGGUUAAGAAGGGAAGCGGAAUACCCCGUUCAACAGUUAAAAAUGAGCUGGAUCAUCAAAUGUACGAAGAUGCCCUAAUCAGAGAGGGCGCACUAACUCUACAAUCGUAUGUAAUGGAAUCAAAAAAUCACAGUCUUUGCGUUGUCAGUCGAGAGUACAAGUUUCACUCAUUAAACCCUCGCCGAUAUCUUUUGCCAAAUAUGAUAGAUACUCUAGCCUUUGGAGAUGUAAGAAUACCUACCACCGAGAAUGUUCAAGCUAUAAUGGAAUGA